AUUUAGUCGGAAAUGAACCAACAGCAGUACCGCCGCUGAAUGUUUGUUGUGUUCGAUGAUUAUUAAAAUUUUGAUAAAUUUUUAUUUUAUUCACUUAUUAACAUAAAAAAACUGAAUGAUGGAAGUGCUCUCAAGUGAAAAAUAUCUAAUUGCUCGUGCCAAAGAAACCACCAAUCCGUAUACGGCUAAGGCAUGGAUCAUCGCGGCCAAGACGCUUUUUCCGAACGAUUUUGGCGUCCAGUUCGAAGCAUACGAAAUCGAGAAAAAUGCCAAUAAUUUUGAGGAAGCUGCCAAAUGUUUGAGUUAUAUUAUAAUGACAUUCCAAAAUGCACAUCAAACACCAGCCAAUUUACUGAAUGAAAUAUCGUCGAUGACUUCGGCGCUUCGUGUUCCGGAGGGGACCACAACGUCUGAGCAGGAGUUUUAUGUAAAAAUGUUUCAGUAUAUUUCGUACGAAGUUCAGCACAAGAUUCUGCUGUUAACCGCUGCUCAUUCCAACAACAAUCUGGACCAUUGUCGUUUGAUUUUGCUGCUCUUGAAGCGAUUCCCUCAAGCGAUAUCAACCCAUGCUCCUCGAUUGUUGGAAACAUUGGUUCAAAAUAUAGCGAUCCCGAGUUUUAAGGAAAUGUUGGUACAGGAAGCAAUCCCGCUUGUGUAUAACAGACCGCCUGAGUUGCAGGGUAAGCUGGUUCAUCAAAUCAUGGCUGUAUGCUUUGAGUACUAUCUCAAUCAGAUGCUCACUGAAGCAGAAGACAAGGCUCGAGUGACUGUUGAAUGCUGGAGAAAAAUAUUUGAUAUUCUCGAGUUUUGCGGAAAAAUUCUCAAAUGGGAACCUUUUGCGCCGUACAAAAAAGGCUGGAGUAAGGAUAUUUAUUGGCAGAAGAUCAUUCAGAUAGUACAAUCUGCUCCACCACGACCUUCUGAGAACAAACAAAUCCUGUUCUGCGCAACGAUUGUAUUCAUUCUUUCGCUACAAGAGUACAUAAAUUUUUCUCGUUUAAAAGGAAAGGAUAGUGAAAUUGAAGUAAUUUUGGUUGAAGGUUUGAAGGAUUUCAAAAUUGACGUGAAACGACGACAGAUGGAAUCGGUGUUGGAGAUUCCCCAGGUAGUUGUCAACGGACCGGUUAACCCGGAUGCGCCUAACUGUUUGGUGACAUCGUACAAUUGUUGGCAACUGUUGCAUUCAAAUGAAAUUUUGAAGAAGGAUUUUACUCAGCUUAUUAUUCGCAUACCGGCACUGUCACUAUGGAUCCAAAAAUUCCUCCUUGAUUUAUCGGUAUACGUCGGGCAGCAUGAGGAAACCCAUUCGCUGUUGCAAUCGCAAAAUGCACGUAUUAUGUCCCCGUUAGAGAAGAACGUUCGUUUGUUUGGGCUUGCGCUUGUACAAGGCAGCAUUAAUGUGCAUUUGUUCGAAUUGUUAAACAACAUUUUACAAAACCUUCCCGUCACAAAUGGGCACUACUUGCAGAAUGUUGGGCUCUAUUCUGCACCUCGAGUAUUGAUGCUGAUUCCGCUGACCAAGCGUGCCAUUCUCCAUUACAUAGUGCAAACCCUCAUCACUCUACUCAAAGCCAAAUUGAGCGAUCCUGAUUGUUCCAACUCCGUAAUAGGGAACCUUCUCGUAUUAAGUCAGCUGAACUGGCCUCAUGAAUCGACAAUAGUCGAAAUAAUUUUCGAAAUAAUCAAAUCGCGUCGUCAGUUCAGCUAUCCCGUUUGGACCAGUUACGUGGUGAAUGUGGAAAUUGUUGAAGAGUUUAUGUACUUGUGGCAAAACUGCCCGGAUGUGAAGUUGGAGCUUUCGCUGCCGACGAGCAGCAGCAACCUUGCGGCUGCCAGUUCCAGGCGUAUCGGAACGCGAGGAGUGGAUAAAGGUGCGAAAGAAGACUUCAAACAAGCAAUUAGACAGCAGAUUGCACGUAGUAAUGAAGAUUUAGAUGAGCUACUAACGCAAUUCUUGCAACAACAGCACAUGGUGUUGUUGCAAAAUAUUUUCGAAAAAUGAUGGACUGAGUGAGUAGUACAAGCAAUAGAAUAUUAUGUUUUUCCAAUACUGUGGACCUACUUUGAAUGUAUUCAAUUAUA